AUACAAACAAUAAUCAACCACGAUGGCGUCCAAGAUCCUUCUCGCCCUCCUCCUCCUCCUCGCCGCCGCGACCCCGGCGUCGCUGGCCGCCAUCGAUGUGGCGCAGAUGCUCGCCAACAAGCCCCAGUACGCAACUUUCCUGAGGCUCCUGACCCAGACAAAGGUGGCCGAGGACGUGAGCCGGCUCAAGUCGGCGUCGGUGCUAGUCGUCCCCGAGAGGUCCGUGAAGCCCCUCUUGUCGGUGCCGGCCGAGAAGCUGCGGACGAUCCUCCAGCACCAUGUGCUCAUCAAGUACUUCGACCCCAUCCAGCUGGGCGAGAUGAAGACCAGCGUCGCCAAGCUCGAGACCAUGCUCUCCAACACGGACAAGAACAUGGGCACCAUCGACUACUCCAAGGACAAGGACGGCCAGAUGUACCUGCGCUCGCCGGGCGCUGACAGUGUCGCCAAGCUCGUCAAGGUCGUCGCCGCCCGCCCCUUCGUGGUUUCCAUCAUGGAGAUCAGCACGCCUCUCUUGUGUCCCAAGCUGCUCGGACCCGGCAUUGCUGCCGGCGCCGGCGGUGGCAGGCCCAGGGGCAAGGGAAAAGGCAAGAUCGUCAAAACCAUGUCCGCCGAGGAAGGGGCCUCCGACACCGCCUCCGACGUUGCCGCCUCCGCGCCAACCGCCUCUGCUUAA